AUGACUGCCGAUUCAGCAACCAUUCUUGACGACAUAGAUGAGGAAUACCUCAGAAAGUUAUUGGUAAAGUUUUGCCACGGCCUUGAUACUGUUCACGUCAAACUCGAUGAUAUCGUUACUUCAAUACUAUCUGGUCUACCCGACAGCAUUACUAUACAUGAAUUGUACAACUUUGCUUCUGAAGUGAUAGCAAGCAGGAUCAUACACCACCCGGACUAUGCUAUAUUUGCGGGCAGAAUGGUCGCACAUCUUUUGCAGUUACAAAUACCUUACACGUUUAGUGAAAAUAUAGAACGACUCAAACAAACAACAAAUGCUCGUGGAAAACAAUAUUCACAAAUUUCAGAUAAAUUUUAUGAGAUUGUGGUGAAACAUAGAGAACAGUUUGAUGAGAUUAUAGAAAAAACGGAGAAGAUAGAGCUAGCUUACUUUGGAAUCAAAACUUUGGAGAAUUCAUAUCUUUGGAGGAUUGAUGAUAAAGUGGCAGAGACACCAGAGUACAUGUUUCUCAGAGUCGCCAUUGAAAUCCAUUAUGAUGAUAUAGAAGCUGUGGAAGAAACAUAUGAGUUAAUGUCACAAAAGCAUUUCAUACAUGCACUGCCAACUUUAUACAAUGCCGGGUGUGAAUACAAUUACCUCUCAUCUUGUUUCUUGCUAGCAAUGAAGGAUGAUUCCAUUGAUGGAAUCUAUCAAACACUUCACGAAGCAGCCUUGAUUUCCAAAGCUUCUGGUGGGAUUGGGAUCCAUAUUCACAAUAUCAGAGCGCAAGGAUCGCACAUUAGUAGUACUAAUGGGAGAUCUGGUGGGGUAGUUCCCAUGUUGCGCGUUUUCAACAACACCGCACGAUAUGUUGACCAAGGCGGAGGAAAAAGACCAGGAGCAUUUGCAAUCUAUAUGGAACCUUGGCAUGCUGACAUCUUUGACAUUUUGAAUAUGAGGAAAAAUCACGGCAAUGAAGAACUUCGAACUAGAGAUUUGUUCUAUGGGUUAUGGAUUCCAGAUUUGUUCAUGCAAAGAGUGAAAUCAGGAGAUGAUUGGUCGUUAUUCUCUCCCGAUAUCGCACCCGGGUUGAGUGAUGUUUAUGGCAGCGAGUUCGUUAAAAUGUACGAGAAAUAUGAAACUCAAGGAUUGGCAUCUGCGACAAUAAAAGCCCAAAAACUUUGGUUAGCAAUUUUGGAGUCACAAACUGAGACAGGAGGUCCGUACAUGUUGUAUAAAGACGCCUGUAAUCAAAAAACUAACCAGUCCAAUCUAGGAACAAUCAAGUCCUCAAACUUAUGCUGUGAAAUAGUGGAGUACUCUGCUCCAGAUGAAACUGCAGUAUGCAACCUAGCGUCGUUGGGCCUUCCUUCGUUUCUCCGAUCUACUGAUGAUUGCAUAGAGUUUGAUUUUGACAAAUUGCACUCAGUGACCAAAGUAGUCACAAGAAACUUAAACAAGGUGAUUGAUGUGACCCGAUACCCUGUAGAAUCAGCAGAAACAUCAAACAAAAGGAACCGACCAAUUGCGCUUGGUGUACAAGGGUUGGCUGACUUAUUUCUCGAAUUAAGGUUGCCAUUCGACUCACAGGAAGCAAAGAAACUUAACUCACAAAUCUUUGAGACUAUUUACCAUGCUGCUGUGGAAGCCUCGAUUGAAUUAGCAAAGCUUGACGAACCGUAUUUCACUUUUGCUGGAUCACCGGCCUCCAAAGGAACUUUACAGUUUGACAUGUGGAAUCACAAACCAGAGUUCUAUGAUGAUUGGGACCAGUUAAAGGAUGAUGUAAAGAAUUAUGGGAUGAGAAACUCACUCUUGAUAGCACCCAUGCCUACUGCUUCAACAUCUCAGAUUUUGGGAUUCAAUGAAUGUUUUGAACCGUAUACGUCCAAUUUAUACACACGUCGAGUAAUAUCUGGCGAGUUCCAAGUGGUGAACAAGUAUCUCAUCAAAGACCUUUCAGAUUUGGGUAUAUGGAAUUCGGCGAUGAGGAAUAGAAUUAUUCAGGACGGCGGCUCGAUUCAAGACAUAUCGGUGAUACCCAAAGAUAUCAAAGAAUUAUAUAGAACGGUGUGGGAGCUUAAGCAGAAGGAUAUUAUAGAUAUGGCUGCAGAUAGGGGAAAGUUCAUCGACCAACUGCAAAGCAUGAAUAUUUAUAUGCAGAAUCCAACGAUAGGUAAGCUUACAAGCUGUCAUUUUUAUGCGUGGGAAAAGGGUUUGAAAACAGGAAUGUAUUACUUGCGAACACAAGCUGCUACAAGAGCAAUACAGUUUACUGUUGACAAGGACAAAGUAGCACUAGCAGAAAAACAAGAGGUUCACAAGAGUCUAAAGAGAAAGAAGUAUGUGGAAGUGAGUCAGAAGAGAAGGAGGGUAUCUGUUUACACAACACCUGAUUCUGAGGUUUACGAUAUUCACGAUACGACCCCAGUUGCUUGUGAUAUAAGAGAUGCUGAUAAUUGUGAUUCUUGCUCGGGAUAG